AUGGCAACAGUAAUCGACUAUAAUAACUUUACAGAGGAUGAUAGCGAUAUUGAUUACGACUCUGACUACUCGGGAUCUGAAUACUCGAUUGGAUCAUAUGAAGUGUCUGCCCAAGAGCAAUGGGAAGAAAGUAUGAAGCAGAUUCAAGCAUUACUAAGUUUUGUAUUGUUUCCAUUGAUUGGGAAGUUAUUGGGACGAAGAUUUAGCAAAGUUAUAUGGAGAAGAUUUGCUGAUUGGUGGUGGGUGUAA